AUGCUUCGUCCCAUCAAGCUUGUCAUUCUCGCCGGCUUGGGUUACUUGGUUAGUCAAACCAGGGCCGGCCCGUGCAAGCCUCAAACAACGUCUACUGAAACAUCACAAAUCACAACCACAUCGGAUCUACCGCAGAUAAGCAUCACGACUACGCUUAUCGAAACCUCAGCUACCUCAGCUGUCACGGCAUUCGAAGAGACUACACAGUCGGAUGAUGUUCUUGUAACCACCACAAGCGACUCAACCUCAGCAUCUACCACGAUUGUACCCGAGCCCGAAUCUACUUCACUUCUGGACAAUGGCGGCUUUGACAUUCUACCUGCUACAAUAGAGCCCUGGGAGAAAUACCUCGCCUUUGGAGAUCAAGCCGAGAUUUCGAUAAGCGACACAAUAUCUCAAGACGGAAGGGGGUCUGCGCGAUUCAAAUACUUGACUGGGCCGCGCCCGAACGUCGACCCUCAGUACAUGGUCCAGAAACUCGACAAGAACAAAGUCUCGUUCGGCGUCACUUAUCAGCUUACGGCAUGGUUUCGUUCCGACGUUUCUGCUUCCCCCCUAACUCUAGCCUGUCCCAAUGCAUUCAUGCAGGGUAUCUACGAUACCAAUAAAUACGUGGCUAGAAAAGGAUUCCAACUCAACGAAGAAACACCUAACCAGUGGCAGAGCUUUUCUCUCCAAUUCAGUUUCUCUGAGCAGCAAUUCAACCAAGGUGAUCUGUAUGUCUGGGUCAGCCUGUUCUGCCGAAAUGGGUUCGAAGGGUUCAUGGAUUCUGUUGCAUUGGAGGUUGUUCCUGUGGAUGACACUCCAAGCACGACCGAUUUGGUUCCAACAACAACGUCAACACCACCAGAUGGGAUCUAA